AUGUUAAUCUCGCCACUUCCAAUUGAAAUGAACAAUAUUCAAUCUUUAAUUAAUGCUCGUCGUUUAUAUGAUUCAUGUACUAAUGAAACAGCUAUAGAAUUAGAGACUAUCAAUGUAUUACUUUCUUUUGUUAAUAAUGAACUUGGUGGUUGGCCAAUUUUGCAAGGUUCAUCCUGGAAUGAAUCAUCGUUUAAUCUUUUACGUUUAUUACUUAAAUUACGUCAAUAUGACCUCAAUAUUAUAUAUGGUUGUAGAACAUCAACUGAUGAUAAAAAUUCUUCUGUUAAUUUUAUUGAAGUUUACCAAAGUAAUCUUGCUCUUGAGCAACGAACAAACUAUGAUCAAGAAACGAAACUUACCAUGGCUUACAGAAAAUUUAUUACUGAUUUAGCUUUAGCCUUAACAAAUGAUUCAACCAUGAUUAGCACGGAUGUUGACGAUAUUUAUAAUUUUGAAAAAAAUAUUUCAAAGUUUCAUUGGACACUUGAUCAACAAAAUGCCAGACAAAAUGAAACAGUUCGCACAACAAUUGGCAAUCUUUCACAAACAUUUAUGACUUUUGAUUUUACAAAUUAUCUUCGACAAAUUUAUUCUUUAUCAAAUAUUAAUUUAAAUGACAAUGAUGUUGUGUCAGUUAGCGAAUUAGAGUUUUUACGUAAUGCAUCAUUGAUUAUUGAUCAAUCUUCGUCACGUUUAAUACAAAAUUAUUUUGUAUGGCGCUUCAUAAUGGCACGAGUAGCAAAUUUGCCUAAACGUUUUCGCUCUAUACAAGAUCCAUUUGAUGAAGCUUUUCGAGGUACUAGUGCUCAACGCCCACGUUCAAUAAUAUGUGGAAAUUUUGUGAAUAAUAACAUGGGCUUUGCUCUUUCAAAACUUUAUAUUAGACAAUAUUUUGAUGAAAAUGCUAGAAAUCAGUCAUUAGAAAUGAUAAAUAGCAUUCGAAAUGUAUUUCUUGAUAUGCUGAAAAAUUCGACAUGGAUGGAUGAAACAUCAAAAAGUAGAUCAAUAGAAAAAGCAUUAGCAAUCGAUGAAAAAAUUGGUUAUCCAGAAUAUUUAGGCAGUACUAACACAUUGGAACUCGACAAAAUGUAUCAAGAAUAUGUUUUCAAUACAUCAUAUAUCAAUAAUAUUUUAAAAUUAUUAACAAUAAAAUCCAAUGAAAGUAUUCGUAUGCUUCGUGAUCCUGUUGAUCGUAAAGCAUGGGGUCCUAGUCCACCGACUACAGUCAAUGCCUUUUAUAAUCCACCAACAAAUCAAAUCAGUAAAGAAAAUAUUUUUGAAAUAUAA